AUGGGGAGCGGCGGCGUAAUCCACUGUCGAUGUGCCAAGUGUUUCUGCUAUCCCAGCAAGCGGAGGAUAAGGAGGCGCGCUCGGAACCUCUCCAUCCUGGGUCUACCUGAAGACGUGCUCUUCCACAUCCUCAAGUGGCUUCCUGUUGGGGACAUCCUGGCCAUCCGAGCUGUGCACUCGCACUUGAGGGACCUGGUGGACAACCAUGCCAGCGUGUGGGCCUGUACCAGCUUCCAGGAGCUGUGGCCUUCACCAAAAAACCUGCAGCUCUUUGAGAGGGCUGCAGACAGGGGCAACUUUGAAGCUGCUGUGAAGCUGGGCAUAGCCUACCUCUACAAUGAAGGCUUGUCUGUGUCUGACGAGGCCCGUGCGGAAGUGAACGGCCUGAAGGCCUCGCGCUUCUUCAGCCUGGCUGAGCGGCUCAAUGCAAGCGCAACACCCUUUGUCUGGCUCUUCAUCCGCCCACCAUGGUCGGUGUCUGGAAGCUGCUGCAAGGCCGUGGUUCAUGAAAGUCUCAGGGCAGAAUGCCAGCUGCCCAGGACUCGCCGGGCGUCCAUCCUGCACUGUGUGGGAAGAGUGCUGAGUCUAUUCGAGGACGAAGAGAAGAAGAAGCAGGCCCGAGCACUUUUUGAAGAAUCUGCUCACCAGGGAUGCCUGGCCAGCUCGUACCUCCUCUGGGAAAGUGACAGGAGAGUGGACAUGUCAGAUCCCGGACGAUGCCUGCACAGCUUUCGGAAACUCAGGGACUAUGCUGCCAAGGGCUGCUGGGAGGCACAGCUGGCCUUAGCCAAAGUCUGUGCCAACGGGCAGCAGCUGGGGCUGGAUGCGAAGGCGUCCGCCGAGAUUGUGAGCCAGCUCUUCCAGGCGUCGCAGGCCGUCAGCAAGCAGCAGGUCUUUGCUGUGCAAAAGGGACUCAACGACACGAUGAGAUACAUUCUCAUCGACUGGCUGGUGGAAGUGGCCACCAUGAAGGACUUCACUAGUCUGUGCCUGCACCUGACGGUGGAGUGUGUGGACCGCUACCUGCGCAGGAGAGUGGUGCCGCGAUACAGGCUGCAGCUGCUGGGCAUCGCUUGCAUGGUCAUCUGCACCCGGUUCAUCAGUAAGGAGAUCCUGACGAUCCGGGAGGCCGUGUGGCUCACAGACAACACGUACAAGUACGAGGACCUGGUGCGCAUGAUGGGCGAGGUCGUCUCCACCCUGGAGGGCAAGAUUCGAAUCCCCACUGUGGUCGACUACAAAGAGGUCCUGCUGACACUGGUCCCUGUGGCGCCAAGGACCCAACACCUUUGCAGCUUCCUUUGUGAGCUGUCCCUUCUGCAUACCAGCCUGUCCACCUACGCCCCAGCUCACCUAGCUGCCGCGGCCCUGCUCCUGGCCAGGCUGACCCAUGGGCAGACACAGCCCUGGACCCCUCGGUUGUGGGACCUCACUGGAUUCUCCCACGAAGACCUCUUGCCCUGUGUUCUGAGCCUUCAUAAAAAAUGCUUCCAUGAUGACGCCCCCAAGGACUAUAGGCAGGUGUCCCUGACAGCCGUGAAGCAGCGGUUUGAAGACAAGCGCUAUGAGGAAAUCAGCCAGGAAGAGGUGCUGAGCUAUGGCCAGUUGUGUGCUGCACUGGGAGUGACACAGGACAGCCCGGAGCCUCCGUCCUUCCUCGGUACAGGAGACAUCCACACCUUCCUCAGCUCGCCGUCUGGGAGGAGGACCAAGCGGAAGCGGGAGAACAGCCUGCAGGAGGACAGGGGCAGCUUUGUCACCACGCCCACGGCAGAGCUGUCCAGCCAGGAGGACACCCUGCUGGGCAGCUUCCUGGACUGGAGCCUGGACUGCUGCUCCGGCUACGAAGGCGACCAGGAAAGUGAGGGCGAGAAGGAGGGAGACGUGACAGCUCCCAGUGGUGUCUUCGAUGUCACGGUCGUGUAUCUGAACCCCGAGCAGCACUGCUGCCAGGAGUCCAGCGACGACGAGGACUGUUCAAGCAGCACGGACCGCCGGUCACCGGGACCUGAGCCUGCCAGCCACAGCAGGACCGUGCUGGCCAAGGACAUCACAACCUCAGGAUACUCCUCUGUCAGCAGUGCAAGUCCCUCUGGCUCAGUGGACAGUGGCUCAGGGGGCCCUCCCCACUCUACCUCAGUGCCAGCCACAGGCAGCACCUCCCACACACAGCCUUGCCACCAUCAGGCCAGGAAGUCAUGUCUGGAGUGUCGGCCCCUAAGCUCCCCAGACAGCAGUGUUCCCAGGCCACAGGUGAAGCGGAAGAACCUGUCAGCACACGAUGGGGCCGAGGAGGAGGAAGAGGACAUGAACUUGAGCUUCCUGAAGCUGUGAAAUGCCAAUGUGUCUGCCGCCAUGCCUGUCUGCUGAGGGAGGGCUGCCAAGAGCGGCAGGCGGAGGCUGGAGCCCCAGGGCCAGCACCAGGAGCAGAGCAGGUGGCCUGUGAGGCACGGGGUCCAGCCCCGGGUGACCAGUCAGGCAGGUGUCAGCGUGGAAAGCUGGAGCUCAUUACCUGCAAAGUGCAGACCCCUAGCAGUCGCGCACCCCCCCCUGCUGCAGCUGCUUGGUUUAAGGGCUGCUGUGGGCCGGACCAUGACAGUCUCUGGGGUCCUGAAGACAGCCCCAGGUCCUCCUUCCUGUGCCUCAGCCCAUGUUUUAGAACUUGUCUUGUCCGCCCCACAGAAGGAUGUGUGCUCCCCAAGGUGUCCACAGGAAACUCUUUUUUUUUUUUUUUUUUUUUUUGCGCACUGAAUUCCUGGACCAAUGUUUCCAAUUCUUAUUUCUAUGCUUCCUUACUCUUCCAAGAUGAAAACAGAAAAGAUCACCAAUGUUGUUUAGGCUCAACUGAGAAACAAAAACCCAUCCCCGUGCCAUCUUCACACUCUGGGUCCAACAGGCUUUAGCCAGACAUAGGACUGUAAAGGCAGCUGAGGGGUCUGAGGUAGCAGAAGUCCGACUGCUGAUGGCUGCGGUUUUGCUGCCACUGAGGCAGGUCGGCUGCCCAGGGCCGGCCAUGUGCCCGGGCAGCCUGUCCACUUCUCAUCCGGCCUGGGCCAUCCUGCAGCCUCUCCACUCGGCCAGCAGCGCGCCCUGAACGCUCUGAGCCAGAAGGCAGGGUUGAUUCUGUGGUGCCCCCCUUGUCCACAGGGCCCUGGCCGCCCACCCUGACUGCCCCCUGGACGUGUGUGAACCUGCUUCCUGUCUGCACAGGGGCCAGAGAUUCCUACCUCACAGGGUUGUUGUGAGGAUUAAAUGUGACAAGGACUGU